GGGAACAUGUGAAGAAGCCAAGUGGUGGGACAGCGGAGUUUGCUCUCAGUGUCCCAGGCUGUGCGGUGCCAGGUUUUGUUUUGUAACCGUCAUGAUCGUCUGCAUUUUGGCGCUCGGGUUGUUUUCGUCUGCGCUGGGCAGACAUCUGCAGGAUGGAAGCGACUUGUCCCGGGUCGGGAGGCUGCGUGGAGAGCCCGGGGAUGCUGAGGAGCGACGUAGCUUGGAGAGGAGGGAGCUGUCGAGGCGCAGCGCUGGACUGAAUGAGCAGACAUGCACGGCUUUGCGUGGAGUGGAAUCCGCGCUGCAAAACAGCACCAGCACUUAUACGUUCAAAGUGCGCUCAAUGGGCUCACUCUCGCUUGCCUGGGUGGGAGACGGAUCAGGGGUGCUCCUGGUCCUGACGACGUUUCAGGUACCGUUGUUCUUAAUGCGAUUUGGCCAGUCUAAUCUCUACAGGAGUGAAAACUACGGGAAGACGUUCAAAGACGUGACUAAUGUGAUCAACCACACUUUCAUCCAGACAGAGUUUGGCAUCGCCGUCAGUCCGGAUCAUUCAGGAAAGGUGAUCCUCACUGGUGAUGUGUCUGAGUUCGGUGGGUUUCGACUUUUUCGCUCGCGGGACUUUGGUCUGACCUUUGAACCGACGGACCUGCCGUUUGUGCCCCUCAUUCAGAUGCUGUACAACCCCGGGGACAGCAACACACUUCUGACACUCAGUAUCACGCUGGAUCUGUGGCUGUCUGAUAACUUUGGCUCCACCUGGAGGAAAAUACACAACAGUGUGUGUUUGGUCAGAUGGGGUCCAAGAAACAGCAUCUACAUAACAACCAACACCAAUGGAUCAUGCAAUGACAAAGGGAUGCUAGAUUUAAAGAAAACAAUGGACUAUGGCAAAACGUUUCACACAAUUGCAUCCAGAGUUUACUCCUUUGUCCUUGGAGGAAAAUUUGUCUUUUCGUCCAUCAUGACCGGGAUGGGUACAGAGCGUGUGAUCCAUGUCUCUGUAGACGGCGGGGAUCACUGGAACAUUGCUCAGCUUCCUGCUGUCGACCAUCAGCAGUUUUACUCCAUCCUCGCAGCCAAUCAGGACAUGAUCUUCAUGCACGUGGAUGACCCCGGAGACUCAGGUGUUGGAACCAUCUACGUGUCGGAUGACAGAGGAACUGUCUUCUCCAAGUCACUGGAGCGCCAUCUCUACACAACCACAGGAAGCGACACAGACUUCACCGCCAUUUCUUCCCUGCGGGGCGUCUACUUGACCAGCAUACUCACAGAAGACGGUAACAUAGAGACAGUGAUCACGUAUGACCAAGGAGCCAAGUGGCAGCCACUGCGCAGACCCCAGAACACCGACUGCGAUGCUGAGACCUCCACCAACAGACCAAGCAGAUGCAAGCUUCACAUAUAUGCCUCGUACAGCACAGCCAUGAAGAUGAACGUUCCCGUGCUGCCGCUCUCGCAGUCCAACGCCGUGGGUCUCAUCCUGGCUCACGGCAAUGUUGGAGACUCGGAGUCUGUUCUUGCUCCUGACGUGUACGUGUCUGAUGACGGGGGCUACUCAUGGCUGCAGGCUCUGAAGGGUCCCCAUCAUUAUGCGAUCCUGGACUCUGGAGGACUGCUGGUUGCUGUGGAGCACACCAACUCACCUAUCAACCAGAUAAAGUUCUCCACAGAUGAAGGCCAAUGCUGGCAUACGUAUAACUUCACCAGCGACCCGCUGCACUUCAGCGGCAUGGACAGCGAGCCUGGCUCUCGCUCCAUGAACGUCAGCCUGUGGGGCUACAGGAACGACUACACCAAGUGGGUGGUGAUCACCAUAGACUUUAGGAAGGUCCUCUCCAGGGACUGCAAUGAAGGGGACUAUGAAGAGUGGCUGGCUCACUCUGCAGACCCCAGUGGCUCGAAUGACGGCUGCGUGAUGGGCUUCAGAGAGACCUUCCUACGCCUGAGGAAAGAUUCAGUGUGCUGGAAUGGAAGAGACUUCGCCAUUACCAAGAAGCACUUGCCUUGUCCGUGCUCAGCGGCAGAUUACCAUUGUGACUUCGGUUACUACCGGCCGGAGAACAAGUCGGAGUGUGUGGAGCAGAAGGAGCUGGUGGGCCACGCUCUGGAGUUCUGUUUGAAUGGGACGACUGAGCAGCUGCAGACCAGUGGAUACCGGAAGAUUCCUGGGAACCAGUGUGAAGGAGGUUUUCAGCCGGAGAGAAAGGAGACCGACUUAAGGAGGUUGUGCAUCAGUGACGCCCUUCAUUCCAAAUCUCUGACUGACAGCAGUUCACCUAGCGCUGCUGUCAUAGUGAUGGUUGUCAUGGCGAUACUCCUGGUGAGUGUUCUCGCAGGUGCCUGGCUAGUGAAGAAGUACGUCUGUGGUGGACGGUUCCUCGUUCACCGAUACUCUGUGAUGAGGGAACACGUGGAAGCAAACAAAAUCGAGGGAGUAGAUGAUGUCGACACCAACUACAUGGAGACAGAAAAAACACAGUUCAACGAUGAUUCAGAUCAAGAUCUCUUGGAAUAAAAUUUGUCCACAGUUGAGGCUUUCAAGAUGGCUGAGGAUCCCUGUUGCUCCAACAUUCUCAUUUUAACAUGUGCUUCUCACUUCUCACUGCCCCUGGUGGAUGGAUGACCCUGCAGCAACUUGCGCUGAUAUGUUGCAUGAUUGUGUCAGAUUUGGCUUCUUAAAAAAAGGGGGUAAAUAGUCUGGGACAGAGAAAAGCCUUCUGAACAAAUGGGCCUGCCAGGAUGUUUAAGGGAGCAACCAAGCAACAGAAAACAUAACAGAAUCAUCCUUUUUAUGUCCAGAGAUGUUGCCUGCUGUCAUUUUAGUACUUUGUAAAUGUAAAACCUGCCAGAUACAUUUCUGUGGCAUAUGGAGUAUGUCAUCACCAAAUUUUUAGAAGACUACUCACUUUUCUAGAGUUUCUUAAUAGUUAGAUGUAUUUUUUUAAAUAAGCUAUUUCUAUUUUAUCAGAAGCAACUGUGAGCAAUAUUUUGUCAUCUUAUCCUGACUUUUAGCAAUGUGUGGCUUGUUACUUUUACGAUCUCUGCUAAGAGUAAAAGUCUUUGAUUCUUAAUUGAUCAAAACUGAACAGAUUUUGUUGGUCUUCUUGCAGUAAGUGACACUGUUAACAUACAAACUCUUCAAGUUGCUCCUGUGACAUCUAGGUUCAAAACGGUAAGAAUAUCCUAUAAGUACGGUUUGAUUUUGUUUCCAUCGACUAAAGAAAUUAUGUUUAAAUUGAAAAAAGUAUUUUAAUUCAAGUUUGGAAAAUGUUUAUCAAUUUUUUAUGAAUAUGUACUUAUCAAUAAAUUUCUAAUAAUGACCACUUUUGCAAAAAUAGCUGUAGCAGAUCAGUUUCUAAAGUAGAAUAAACACAGAUUUGGCCCGUUAAGUGAAAUGUGGGUCGUGUAAAAGUCAUGUUAUUAACCUGCUGGGACCAUGUCUGCAGUAUUUGUCAUUGUUAAAUACAUUCAAGGUAAAGGAUUGGGAAUAUAUUAUUUGUAAAUAACAAGCUAGAUGCUAACAUUCUCUUUCAUCCAGCUGUUUUUAAAUACCAGGCGCUGGCAUAUUGGCUGAAAAAUAUGUGAAAAGUUUCAAAAUAAAUGUGUUUUGUUGCAAUAGAAAAAUGUUUAUGCAGAAAAUGAGUCAAAAAUCUAACCUGUUUCAUGUAUUUUUAUUCAAUUUUGGAAAAAUAACUCAGUGUUAAGAAACUUUUUUUUAGAUAAGUCACUUAAAAAAAUCUGUUUCACAGGAAUCUUUCUGACUCCAGAAAAAUUUCUUUCUUUUCCUUAGGCUUAGGGUAUAAAAGUGACAUGAUAAAGAGCAUAAUUUUUCUUGGUUACUCUUCAAAAUAUGAAACAUGUUAGUGCAGUAAGGCAGUCAUUUGUUGAUUUUAUUUAGUGGUUAAAAAUGCCACUGUAGAAAAUCACAGGAGUUAUUGGCUGCUGUGACAUCUUCUAUGAAUAACCGGAGAAUUUUGUAAAAUACAUUUGUAAUGUAAUUACUGCUACUGUCCCUUCCAAAUAGUUUUCAUACAUGAACAGCUAUCGCCUUACGUGACCGAACAAAACUGCUGAGCUCGAAACAAUUGAGGAAAUUUGUGUGAAGUGACACUCUGAACUUAAACAUGACCAUUUCUUCCAUGAUAUUAAAUGCGCUAGCCUUUUUCUUCUUCUGUCCUGUUCGCAUGGUGAAAAAUGAAAGACUUGAAUUGUUGCCAAAGCACUUUGAUUGUAAGUUUCUCUGAUGUUUCAGGUGAAAUUGUAAAGAGUAAACCCAACAUUAGACUAUUUAGCAUUUCCUGGAUAUAAAGUUGAAGCUAACACAAACUUGAACUCAUGUUUUUCCUAGUGGCGUCAAUGCAGGUACUAAAAUUAUCAGCAUAUUUCUGUGGACACUUUAGAAUGAUAAUCAUGGUGGAAUCCAAAUAUGUAAUAUCACUAAGGUUGUACUUUUGCAGUAAUAACAGCUCAGUUGUAUUAAUUUUUCUACUGGCUUAUUACAUAAGCUUUGUCAGUGUUUGAUUUGAUUAACUGAAUUUUAUACUUUUUUUUUUACCUUGACUUGUCACAUUUCUGUUGUCUGCUUUGUAAGACCUGGAACAUUUGUCAAACACACAGGGUUUUAUAGUCAAUGCUUGUUUUCUAUAGCAGAGGCAAUAACAACCCAGUAAAUAAGCUAUAUGGUACUAAGCAGGCAUAAUAGUGAGGGAUUUCUCAAAAACUGUUGGAUUUGUGCAAGCAAGUUGAAACGCCUGAUUUGUCCCAAUUUACGCAAGUGUCUGAGAGUUGAGUAGCUAUUUACUGGAUUGAAUUACUUUUUUGCACUCUCUUCAGAUCUGUGAAAGUUUUGAAAUGAUUGUACAGCUACAGUACAUAAUGUCCAUUUUUCAGACCGAGAGUGUGACCUGUUUCCCUUCUUGAUUUAUUUACUGCUGGGAUGCAGGUUGAACUGGUCAGUGGUACAGAUGUUUGGUAACAAUUGUUUGCAUCUAUGGAUUAAAAGUAAAACACAAUAUUUCUCA